AUGGGCUGGAUUCACACGGUGAACUUGAAAGUCGCCAAGAGCCCCGUUGGGCGAUGGUUCAGACUCGAUGGCUCUGGCCAUAAGAAGACUCGGGCGAAUUCUUAUUUCUUUACCGAGAUCCGUGCAGGUCUCGCGACCUUCUUCGCUAUGGCAUACAUUAUUGCUGUAAAUGCUUCCAUUGUGGCCGACAGCGGUGGUACCUGCGUGUGCCCGCAUACAGAGGACGAUUUCACUUGCGACGCCAACGACGACUACAUGAUUUGCGUCAAUGGUAUAAAGAGAGAUCUGAUCACGGCCACCGCUGCCAUCUCGGCUCUUGCAUCCUUCUGCAUGGGCCUGUUCGCAAAUCUUCCUGUUGGUCUGGCCCCCGGUAUGGGACUUAACGCAUACUUCGCAUACACAGUUGUUGGCUAUCAUGGCACCGGCUCCGUUCCUUACCAGAUUGCUGUCACUGCUAUCUUUGUCGAAGGAUGGAUCUUCUUUGCGCUCGCUCUGUUCGGAAUGCGACAAUGGCUUGCUCGUGCCAUCCCUCGAUCCAUCAAGCUUGCUACAAGCGUCGGUAUCGGCCUGUUCCUGACUCUCAUCGGUCUGACCUACUCCGAGGGUAUUGGUCUGGUUGUUGGCGCAACUUCAACUCCCCUGGAGCUGGCUGGCUGCCAUGACUCCAUGAGGGACCCGGACACUGGUCUCUGCCCUGACAGCGACAAGAUGCGAAGCCCCAUGAUGUGGAUAGGAAUCUUCUGCGGUGGUAUCCUGACAUCGAUCCUGAUGCUUUACCGCGUCAAGGGUGCGAUUAUUGCCGGUAUUGUCUUGGUCUCCAUCAUCUCGUGGCCGCGUACGACUCCUGUCACCUACUUCCCUUACACCGCCGUUGGAGACGACAACUUUGACUUCUUCAAGAAGGUUGUGGACUUCCACCAGAUCAAGCAGGUUCUCGAUGUCCAACAGUGGAACGUCGGCGGGUAUGGUGGCCAGUUUGGUCUUGCCCUGAUCACCUUCCUUUAUGUCGAUAUCCUGGACUGCACAGGUACUCUGUACUCCAUGGCUCGUUAUGCCGACUUGAUUGACCCCGUCACCCAGGACUUUGAGGGCUCCACCCUAGCUUAUAUGGUUGACUCCAUCAGCAUUUCCAUCGGCGCUAUUCUGGGUACCCCGCCAGUAACUGCCUUUAUCGAGUCCGGUGCUGGUAUCGGUGAAGGCGGCAAGACCGGUUUGACUGCGAUGACCACUGGCAUCUGCUUCUUCAUCUCGAUCUUCUUCGCACCCAUCUUCGCUUCCAUCCCACCGUGGGCCACUGGCUGCGUUCUGAUCCUGGUCGGCUCCAUGAUGGUCAAGUCCGUCGUCGAUAUCAACUGGAAAUACCUAGGCGACUCGAUCCCCGCCUUUGUCACCAUCGCCCUAAUGCCGUUCACCUACUCCAUUGCCGACGGUCUGAUCGGCGGCAUCUGCACCUACAUCGUCAUCAACACCGUCGUGUGGAUCCUCGAGAAGGUGUCUGGCGGCCGCAUCGUCCCGCCCAACAAGCACGAGAAGGAGCCGUGGACGUACAAGAUUCCCGGCGGUGUCCUGCCGCCGUGGCUGGUGCGCCUCUCCAAGGGCCGCAAGGACUUCUGGCGCGACGACUCCAACUCCAUCUCUGGCGUGGAGUCUGCGCAUGAGGAGGUCACUGAUAAGGUAAGCGGCAGUCCCGAGCCCACUGAGGCCUCUGCUACGAAGGGCGGCCCGGCUGAGAUGCCUGUUAAGGGUGGUCCCGGUGCGUCUGCCUCGGCGGAGCCAUCAACGGAGAAGCUGUAA